AUGCAUCGAAACAAGAUUAAACCCCUGAGCCUGAACGGCGACGCCGUCGGGUUAAAUUCCGAUACCCUUUUGAUCAUUAAGUUUUCUGAUUUCAAGAUUUUGCGAGUGGUGUCGCGCUCUUUGUUCUUGACAUUGGUUAUUCUGGCAUUGCCCUCGAUCGGGUUCAUUGCCAGUGGGCUCUCGGGUUCCUAUUCCAUUGUGUCCAAUUAUGGCUCUGCAUCUGAUUCGAUCGAUUUAGAGUUUCUGCAGGUGCUGUUUCGAAAUGUGGCCGACGAAGGCCUUCUCAAAAGGGACGAUAGUGCUCUAUUUGUGAGCUCUGGCAGUGGGGAUCUGGUGCGCAAUCUGCAGAUGCCCAACUUUAACGAAAUUGACGUGGUUACGGAAUCCGAUUUGGAGCAGCAGAGCUCGAUCCCAGAUGAGACCUUCGAUUUCGUGUUCACCUCGAGCUUCAGAGCUACAAAAUUUGUAGAUCGUGUUACUAAAAUUGGCGGCGUUGUGGCCGUCCAAUUAACCGACAAUGCUUUGAAUGCUUUCCAAGAUCUAUCCAAUUACAAAAUUGUCUAUCUCCGGCGAUUCAAUUCCACCGUUGUAGCAAUGAAGAAAACCGGCUCGUUACCGGAAUUUAUGGACUCCGCGGUCGGGCGACGGCUCUGCGGGGUUCCGCCGGAGGCAAAGAAAGAGGCGCUGAAGGCUUUGGAAGGCGCAUUGUUCGAGCCGCCGAGACGGGCCUUGGCGAGCACAAACAAACACUUGGUGGGGAAAACCAAGUUCCUUGCCGACUUGUUGGGGAAUUCCCUGGAAGGUUACCGGCGUCGAAUUUUCGUGACCGUGGGCUCGCUGGAGGAAAACCGUGGCAGUUUGGAAUGGUUUCAACAGAACUACCCAAAAGGGAAUCAAGAUUUUGAGCUGCAUAAUCUGAAGAUAAUGGUGGAAGAAUGGAAGGCAGAAAGUGGAGUUUCAGAUUGGUUGAGGAAGAAUGUGAGAGAAGAGGAGUUUGUGGUGAUGAAGGCAGAAGCAGAAGCGGUGGAGGAGAUGAUAGAGGGGAAGACAAUUUGUCUAGUGGAUGAAUUGUUCUUGGAGUGUGUGAACCAGUGGGAUGGCAGGGUGAAUAAGAAGACGAAGAAGAGCAAGAGGGCUUACUGGGAGUGCUUGGCUUUGUAUGGGAGGCUGAGGGAUGAGGGGGUUGCUGUGCAUCAAUGGUGGGGAUGA